AACCGGGGCCGGGGGGGGGGAUUUAAGCAGCGGCGCCGGGUCGCCGGGGCCAACGGACGAGGCUGCUGCCGGCCCAGGGGCUCGCGAGCGGCGGAGGCUGUCGAGCCGCUCCUCGUCCCGUCCCGCCGCCGUCCCCUCCGCCGCCGUCCCCUCCGCCGCCGUCCCCUCCGCCGGCCAUGUCCUUCGCGGAGCUGCUGGCCCGCCUGGGCGGCAUGGGCCGCUUCCAGGUGACCUACGUGGCCGCCCUGGCCCUGCCGCUGCUCGUGCUGCCCAGCCACAACCUCCUGCAGAACUUCACCGCCGGCGUCCCCGAGCACCGCUGCCGGCCCCGGCCCGGCGCCAACGGCACCGUCCCGGCCGACGGCCGCUGCCGCCGCUACGCCGAGCCGCCCCGGCCUCUCCCGGGGGCCAACGGCACCGCCGAGGCCCCCACCGAGCCCUGCCGCGACGGUUGGGUCUACCAGGAGGGCGUCUUCGCCCACACCAUCGUCACCGAGUGGGACCUGGUGUGCGAGGCGAGGUCCCUGCGGCAAGUGGCGCAGGCCGGCUACAUGGCCGGCGUCUUGCUGGGCUCCGGCGUCUUCGGGAUCCUCUCCGACAAGUUCGGGCGCCGGGCGCUGCUCAUCUGGUGCUACCUGCAGCUGGGGGUGACGGGGACCGGCGCCGCCCUGGCCCCCUCCUUCGGCCUCUACUGCCUCUGCCGCGGCCUCGCCGGCCUCGCCGUGGCCGGCGUCACCCUCAACUCCGCCUCCCUCUGCAUGGAGUGGAUCCCGGCGGGGCUGCGGGCCGCCGUGGGCACCGCCAACGGCUACUGCUACACCCUGGGCCAGUUCGUGCUGGCGGCCGCCGCCUUCGGCCUCCCGCGCUGGCGCCGCCUCCAGCUCGCCGUCUCCCUCCCCUUCUACCUCUUCUUCCUCUACUCCUGGCUCUUCGUGGAGUCGGCCCGGUGGCAGGCGAUUUCGGGGAGGCCCCACCUGGCCCUCGAGGGGCUCCGCAAAGUCGCCCGGGUCAACGGCAGGAAGGAGGAAGGCGACAAGCUCGACGUGGAGACGCUGCGGUCGCUGGCGGGCCGGGAGCAGGCGCCGGCGGGGGCCGUCCGCAGCCUCGGCGCCCUGGCCCGGACCCCCGGCAUGAGGAGGGUCUCCGGCGGCGUCGCCUGCAUCUGGUUCUCCACCAGCUUCGCCUACUACGGGCUGGCCAUGGACCUGCAGCCCUUCGGGGUGGACGCGCGCCUGGCGCAGCUGCUCUUCGCCGCCGCCGACGUCCCGGCCAAGCUGGCCUCCGCCGUGGUCCUCAGCGUCGCGGGGCGGCGGGCGGCGCAGGCCGGGGCCCUGGGUCUCGCCGGGCUCUGCGUCCUCGCCAACGUCCUGGUGCCCCGAGAGCUGCAGACGCUGCGCCUGGUCUUCGCCAUCAUCGGGAAGGGCUCCCUGGCCGCCUCCUUCAACUGCGCCUACAUCUUCUCCGCGGAGCUCUUCCCCACCGUCAUCAGGCAGACGGGGAUGGGCCUGGGGGGCACCAUGGCCCGCGUGGGCAGCAUGGGGGCCCCGCUGGUGGGGCUGGCGGCCGACAUCUCCCCGGCGCUGCCCCUCGUCACCUACGGGGCGGCCGCCCUCGCCGCCGCCGCCGCCGCCGCCCGCCUGCUGCCCGAGACCCGCCGCGCGCCGCUGCCCGAGACCGUGGCCGACGUCGAGAGGCGGGCGGGACGCCUCAAGGACGAGCAGCCGCAGGUCACCGUCCCCCUGGCUCCCGCCGAGGCCGACCGGGGCGAGGACGGCGUCUGAGCGGGCCCAAGGGGACGCCUGGGCCCCUCCCGGGCGCCGGGACCCCCGGGGAGACGCCCGGCCCCCGGGGUGUCUCCGUGGGGCGCGACGUGGCCGCCCCGCGGACGCUAUUUAUUGUAUCCCAAUAAAGCCUCACCGUGA